AUGGAUCUGCAUGAUUCCGAUCAGGACCCAGACUCCCCAAGCUCGUCUCAGCAGCAACUUGAUGCAGACGAGGGCAGUGCUGGAGAGACAGCCAGCCGUUACUAUGAUUUAGAUGAUUGGGCAGAUGAUGAUGAUGAUGAUGAUGACCCGGACUACAGAGACGAGCCCGACGAAGACGAUGAUGAGGACCAAGAUUUCCAAGAUGCAUUGUCCGGAGGUGUAGAGUUUGGGCUUGUUGUGGGAGGCGAUGACGAUGGGGAGGAUGAUGAGGAACGACAUGGGGAAGGAAGCGCAGAUGAUGAUGGUGACGGCGGCUUAAAUGACCCGGUUCGACACAUCAUGGCUCUCUUUACAGAAGGCGGGCGGUCCGGACUACUCACAAGAACUCAACUGAUGGCCCUCUUGCGUAAUCGCGAUCUCACCAAUGUCAUGUUCAGUGACAAUGCAGAUGAUGAAGGCUUCCUUAGCCAUUGGGGCAUCCGCAGACGACGUCCGCACAAGGAUCCGAAUCGGUUUCCAAAAGUACCCAGUGAACAGGGGACUAAUCUCAUGCGUACUGGUGCCUUUGGUGCCAACGACUAUCAUCUCCGCGUCCGAAAGCACAUUGCUAGGCGCAUGCUGGAGCGUGAGCUUGGCCUGGGAGACGGCCAAGAGAGAAGGCGGAAUGGAAACCUGGUGACUCAGGCCAUGAUACCGGGAACGAGGGUCGAGCAGAUCAUUCACUACGACGACCCCGUGUACUCUGGGCAGUUCUCUGACGAUGGCAACUUCUUCUACUCCUGCUGCCAGGACUUCAAGGUUCGCAUGUAUGACACGUCAAAUCCAUACAAUUGGAGACAUUACAAGACGGUUUCCUAUCCUUGGGGGCAAUGGACCUUGACAGAUGCGUCUCUGAGUCCCGACAAUCGCUGGCUGGCAUACACAUCCAUCCAGAGCAUGGUGUCCAUCGCCCCCACGGACCCAAAUGACACCGGAGACCCCUAUACCCUGGAAUUGGACGACGGCCGUAGCAGACCGUCCCAGUGGGGUUGGAGAAAUCGCGGAGGGUUUGGUAUAUGGUCCAUUCGGUUUUCGGGCGAUGGGCGAGAGCUCGUCGCUGGCACGAGCUCGAACUCGCUUGUCGUCUAUGACAUCGAGUCACGCCAAGUCCUACACCAUGUUGAUGGCCACUAUGAUCAUGUAAACGCCGUCUGCUUUGCAGACAAGUCCUCACCACACAUCCUUUACUCUGGCUCCGACGACGCCACCAUCAAGGUGUGGGACCGGAGAAGUAUGGGAGACGGGCGAGAAGCCGGCGCAUUCGUCGGCCACAUUGAGGGCCUAACAUACAUCGAUAGCAAGGGCGACGGAAGAUAUAUUUUGAGUAACGGCAAAGAUCAGAGCAUGAAAUUAUGGGAUCUACGAAUGGCCAUGUCUACCAAUCGGUUUCGGGACUCCGACCCAACUCAGUACAGCAACAAUAGCGGCUUCGAUUAUCGGCGAGAGCUGUACGAUGACGACGACUGGGACGUCCAUCCCCAGGACAACUCUGUCGUAACCUUCAGGGGCCACCGGGUCUUGCGGACCUUGAUCAGAUGCCAUUUCUCGCCACCCUCCGCGACCAACUCGCGGUACGUGUACUCGGGUAGCGCCGACGGAAAAGUCUACAUCUGGAACAUGGACGCGACGCUGGCCGGUACGAUUCAUGUGAAGAAGGCGACAAUGGGAACGCGCCGCAUAGACCGCCAUACACGACUUCAUUUCGAGGAACCUACUGGCUGGGGCACGUGCGUGCGUGAUGCAAGUUGGCAUCCGAGUGCCCCAAUGAUAGUCGCUUCGGCCUGGAAUGGGUACAGCAUGGCCAGGGGCACAUGUACCGUGCACGCAUUCAACGAGUCUUCUGGUGAUGAGGGAGAGCCUGAUAUGCGCCGGAGCGUGGAUUCCAUGUUGAGGCCUGAUCCAGAGGUGUAUCAAACUUCAAGCUACGUAUGA